AUGAUUUUACUAAAUUUAAUUCUGCCCAAAGUCAGUGCACAGAGAGAGGUUGCUCUCACUGUCAUCACAUCAGGCAUUUCAGUGACAUUACUUGAGGGCCAAAGGACUGCUCAUACUGUACAUAAGCUACCACUUGACAUAUUGAGACACAGUGUGCACAAGGGUGUCAUUGAGGCACUGGAUAUAACUUUGAGAAAUAUCAGAGGUAACAAGAACAUGAUGGGUGACAGUGGUAUUCCUCUAUGCAGACUUUCAAGAAAUGAUGCCACUCAUCGCAAAGUCUAUGUCUGCGACACAUGUGUACGAAAUUCAUUUCUGUGGCGUCAAGUGCAGAAAGUGUUACUGAAACAAAACAUGGGAGUGUUUCUAUGGGAUGACACUGCAGAGAUGUUCUUGGAACAGUUAUUAGCAGCUGGAGAAGAAAAAAUGCCUGUCAACACAACUGGCACUGUGCACCUGACAUCCAGUCUUCGCACUGUGGUAACUUCCACUGCAGAGCUCAUCGAUGGUUACCCAGAUAUUGUGAAUAACUUUCACAUUAUGCAAUGGUUGGGAGAGAAGGCAAUUCUUGCACCCAGUAAUGACACUGUCAAAGAUGUAAAUAGUUACAGAAUAUAUGUUGUUGGUGCUGCAGUGGAUGUCAACAAGGCUAUACUGUUUCUGGCGGAGUUUCUGAACUCACUUGAUCCUGCUCGUCUACCACCACACUGUGUUGCACUCAAAGUGGGCACACCUAUCACAUUUCUUUGA